AUGAAGUUGACAUCACUUAAUAUGCAGAAGGACAUUUCAACUGAAAUUAUCAAGGCAAUCAUAAGGGAAAUUGGUGAUUCAUUAUUUGCCAUUCUUGUUGAUGAAUCAUGUGACAUGUCUUCAAAGGAGCAAAUGGCAAUUGUGCUACGUUAUGUGGAUAAAGGUCAGCUAGCUCUGGUAGCUGUGGCAAAGAAAUAUUCAGAAAUUGUAGAUUUAUUUACUAUGGUUUCUAAUGUGGUGAAUGUUGUGGGUGCAUCCGCUAAGCGCCGUGAUAUGCUGAGAGAAAAGCAUGCUGAUGUAAUUUUUGAAGCACUCAAUAAUAAUGAGCUCUUAAGUGGGCAAGGCCUGAAUCAAGAAACUAAUCUUAAGCGGUCUAGUGAUACACGAUGGAGCUCUCAUUAUAAUUGUUUAAUCAAUUUGGAAAACAUGUUCCCGUCUGUGCUAGAUGUGCUUAAGAUUCUCCGAGAGUUAAAUGAUUGGUUCAAUGAGAAGAAUACUGAAUUACUUCUUUGCAUGGCAUGCUUGAGUCCAAGUAAUUCAUUCUUUGCUUUUGAUAAAGCAAAGUUGAUGCCACUUGCCCAAUUUUAUCCAAGUGAUUUUUCUGAGCACGUCCUCAAAUUACUUGAAGAACAACUUGAGAAUUACAUUUGGGAUGUGAGCUCUAACAAUGAAUUUACAGAAUUGAAAGGGAUUACUGAUCUUGCGCAGAAGAUGGUUGAGACAAAAAAAGAUCAGAUCUACCCUUUAGUGUACUUGCUUCUGACACUAGCACUAAUCCUACCUGUUGCGACAACAAGUGUAGAGCGAGUAUUCUCUGUUAUGAAUAUUGUGAAGAAUCGGUUACUCAAUCAAAUGGGGGAUUUGUGGAUGAAUGAUUGCUUGGUUGCAUAUAUUGAGAAUGACAUUUUUAAUAGUAUAGAUGACGAGGUUGUUAUGUAA